AUGCCCGAAGCCCGCGUGUUAGAUAUCAUCGACGAUAUCAAGGACUUCUGGGCCUGGGCUCGCUCAGACCUACCCUCCGCAGUGGCCGCCAAGUGGCCGCAUAUCACGCUUGACACGGGCCGCACCGCGGCCUACGGCGGCUUCCUGGCCCUCCAGUCGGCAUUCCUCUGCCCAGAGGCUGAGAUCAAGAUUGUUAUGACGCAGUACCCUGGUCUGCACUGGGAUGUAGACCCGGUUAAAUGGGAGCAGAUUGAGGAGAGGAAGGCCACUGCACCGGCCGAGACGCACGCCAUCGUUGACACGUACAUGGCGGGGAUCAAGCCCGGCGCCAUCCGCCUCAAGACGCCGUUUCCGGAGAAGCUGGAGCUCCUCAAAGCCUUGGCUGCGACGGGAAGGUACCGCGAGAACAAAGGACACGACGAGAUAAUGUCGUUGGACUAUGCGAUGCGUAUUAAUGAGACACUGCCUCCAAUGUGGAUUGCUCAAGGGUCGGAAGAUACAUUCGUUCCCAAAGAGGGCAACGAUGAGAUGGUUCGCUGUAUCCGUGAAGCCCAUCCUGAAGUGCCUCUGCACUAUGUAAUCCAGCCUGGUGACCACGGCUUCGACGUUCCUUGUGGCCUUGACGAACCUUGGGCGGCUGAGGGAGCCGAUUUUGUCAAGAGGUAUUGGCAUUUGGCCCCCAAGUUGUGCUGA